UUUAGAUGUAAACGUUACCUUGUUUUCGUGAUGUCGUUUCAUACGAAAUCAAUAGAACGUAUCCUCAGCCCAGUAGCUCAACAGGUUUUAAAGCUAAUAUUACUUUUUGAGGAUGCUGGAUCAGGUACAGAGAUUCCUGAUCUGGAAUUUCGUGUAAAUGUUGUAAAACUUGCAGUUGAAAACCUUAUAAAGGUUGGUCACCAAACAAUCGAGGCUAGUGAUGACCAGCUGCUACAGAGAGAUAUGCCGCCUUCACUCAAGCGUGUUGAAGAUGCAUCUUUUUAUCUUCAGGAUGCUGUCGUAUUGUUGCAAAACGACCCAAACUCUUCAGAAGCACGAAGGAAACUGAUAGAAGGAUCUAGAGGCAUACUACAGGGAACAUCAUCUGUGCUUCUUACCUUUGAUAUGUCUGAAGUACGAAAAAUCAUCAGACACUGCAGACGAGUACUUAGUGUCCUAGCCACUGCGGAACAUGUUUCGAGUCUCACUGGUUUGGCUGAUUUUGUUAAGAGACUAACCCCUUGUAUGGCGGAUAUGAUUAAAGAAGUAGACAAUCGACAGGAAGAAUUGACUAUUCAGUCUCACUCUGCCCUGCUUCUUAGGGGUAUAGAACAAGUGAAACGUCUUACGCCUAUUUUAAUAUCGUCUUUGAAACUGCACGUAAAUACACACCAAAAUCAUCUACCUGGAGCUGCUGAAAGUCAAGCAAACCGAGACUUCUUGUUGUCUGAAAUGUCCAGUGAAAUACAUGAAAUUAUACGUGGCUUGCAGCUUACCGAAACGGAUUCAUCAGAGUUAUUCGAUGAUGACUUAGCGGCUAUGCAUAUGAAUAAAGCAGCUUUUGAUAGCCGUCUACAGUUUGUCAGUGACUGGAUUUCUGAUUCGAAUUGUUCCGUUGCAAUGACAGCUGGUGAGAAAGCACUGAAUCAAGUUUUGAAUUCAGCAAGAAAUUUAGCCAAUUUAAAUCAAACAAGUUCAAAUAGUAAAGCAAUAAUCCAUUUGUGCGAUGAAUUAAACGAUUAUGCACAGUCACUUGUUCACUUACGAAGAAGUGGUCAUGGUAAUGGAUCAGAAGCAAGUCAUAUUGCCAAUACACUUAGUACAAAAUUAAAUCAAUUAUCUAGAUUAUGUAAAGAUUUAUCAUUACGUGAUCAUAAUGGUGGUGGCGUUGGUGAUCAACAGCAUCACACAUGUAAUCCAUUAUUUCGUUUGGCUAGAACACUUGAAGGCAAAUUAGUUCAGGCUCAACGUUGGCUAGCUGAUCCUCGUGGUCCAUUACGUCAUGUUGGCUUAGAAGCAUGUCGUUCAUUAGCUCAAGGUGCAAGAAGUAUUAUAAUGUCAUCUGAUAGUAAUGAUGCUUCUUCCAAUAACAAUAAAAUAAAUGCUAACAGUAGUCCGUCUGAAGACAAGGGGACCAAUGAUGCUUGUUUAGAAUCAUGUGAACAUGUUGAGAGAGUUUCUGACAAACUUUUUGCAAUAUCUUCUCAACCAUUAACGGCAGAAAAUGAAAUCAGUCAACAAGAUUUAGCAAUGGCUAUCAGUCGUAGUUUGGCGUAUAUAUGGCAAACAUUAGAGAAAUUAUUAACAAGACAAAUUGCUGAAGUCUACACAGAUCUUGUCGGACCAUUACGUCAAUUAGUAGAAUCUGCAUCUCCAUCAUCUGGUAAUUUACCAGAUCAAAAUGAUUACAAUGUGAAAAUGAAAGAAUUUCUAACGCAAUGUAAUCAACUUGUCAAUACUGGAGAAUUAGCUGCAGCUACAAAAUUAUCCGAUGUAUGGCGUUCUGAUGCAUUACGUUGUUUAACUAGUCAACUUAAUGAAUUAGGUGCACAAGUUGUAUUAGCUGGUCGUGCAGUUAUCCUAUCAGCUGAUCCAAAUUUACAAUUACAACCUGGUGGAGCUAGUUUGAAACAAGCCACGUCAGAUCAUUUUCUUAUGAUGCGUCAACAUUGGACAGAUACUGCUGAACGUAUGAGGGCAUUAGUUGAUGAAGCUGUUGAUGCUAAUGCAUUCAUAGCUGCUCAAGAGAUUGGAAUGUUACGUGAUUCGGCCAGAACAGAAAAUAGUAUUGCUGCAAUAUCAACAACUGGUGUAGUUGAAUCUACAACACGUAUUGCACGACGAGCAAAUCGUGUACUUCAAUUAAUCACACGAGAAGCAGAUAAUAGCGAAGAUCCAUUGUAUGUUGAUCGAAUGAACGAUGCUGUGAAAGCUUUACGAUCAACUAUCACACCAAUGGUAAAUGAUGCUAAAGGUUUAGUAACAAAUAUUGAAGAUCCACGUAUGCAUGAUCAAUGGCGUUUAUCAAAUCGUAAUUUAUUAACUGCUGUUAAUUCAGUAAAACAAGCUGUUAGUCCAUCAUUUAAUAAUCCUAUUAAUUAUUAUCAUGAACAUUGUCGUCCAAUAUCUGUACAUAAAAAUGGAAUUAACAGUACAAAUACAAGUAUUAGUAGUAAUAGCUGUAAUAAUAUACAUAACAAUAAUAAUAAUAAUAAUAGUGUCUCAUCAUCUAAAUCAUCACAAGCUUCUAUUAAAGAGACAACACCUUCAAUUCCUCUUCGAGAAAUGCAAGAAAUAUCAAUUACAGAUGUUUCUCAUAUACCAUAUUCAUAUAUUGACAAUAAUAAUAGUAAUGAUUACAUUUAUCAUACAUCACAUUAUCAUCAUAAACCUGUGUACGAAAUUAAAUUAUCUAAUCCUCUUCAUCAUUCACCAUCAUCACCACCACUGCCACAUCAUCAAAAACAACAUAUCACUACUACCAGUCAUCAUCAUCAUCAUCAUCAACCUUAUUCAUCACCUACACAUUCAUAUCAACAAUCCAAUCCACUUCAUCAAGCAUACUCACCUGGUCACUACACUAAUAAUAAUAGCAGUAAUAAUAAUCUACAUUCACCACCAUCACCCCCUUAUCAACAACAAAAUCAUCACUAUCAUCCUCAUAACCAUUCAAAACAUCAUCAUCAUCAUCAAACUGAAAACAUAAAUACUUAUUUAACAAUGAAACAUAAUAAUGAUUAUUUAUGUACAGAUGAAGAUCAACAACAACAAUCUGGUACUAUUUCUUUAGAUGAUGCUGUAUCUACUACAACAACAGCAGCUGGUGUUCCUGCACGAACUAGUACACCUGAUACGGAAGUUGAUGAAGAAUUCAACUUUCCACCACCUGAAGAAAAUCAACCAAUUAUGGCCGCUGCUCAUGCAUUACAUCAUGAAACACGAUUAUGGUCUAGUCGAGAUAAUGAAUUAAUUGCAGCAACUAAACGUAUGGCUGCUUUAAUGGCUCAAUUAAGUCAAAUUGUUCGUGGUGAAUACGGUACAAAGAAGGACCUGAUUAAUGUUUCUAUGGCUAUUGCUGAAGCAUCUUUGGAUGUUAAUCGAUGUGCAAAAGUAUUAGCUAAAGAAUGUACAGAUCGUCGUAUACGUUCGAAUCUUUUACACCUAAGUGAUCGUAUUCUCACCAUUGGGAACCAAUUAAAAAUUUUAUCUACUGUAAAAGCCACUAUGCUUGGAACACAAGAUGAUUCCUGGUUCGAAGCUCCAUUACAAUCGGAACUUGAUUGUGGUUCUACAGAAGAUCAAGAAAAUACUGAAUCAUUAGUAGGUAAUGCACAAAAUUUAAUGCAAUCUGUUAUUGAAGCAUUACAUAUUGCUGAAGGUGCCAGUAUUAAAAUGCGUGUGAAUAAUGGACAAAAAUUUAUUUGGCAUCCACGUAUAAAAUCAAAUUCUUAUUAUCAUAAUAAUAAUAAUAAUAAACAAUUACAUUCAAUUGUACGUUAAUUUAUAAAAGAUGAUAUGGAAUAGUGUAAAUGGAAUACAAUAUCCAUUUAUGAAAAGAGAUAUUCAAUAAGAAAGAUUCAUUCAGUCGAGAAGAGUUCUCUUUUCAGCUGAACUAAUCUUUCCUGAUUUUUAACAUUGAAUUGUAUCUUUUCUUUUUAUAUAAUAGAAAAGUAAUCUUUCAUGUAUUGUAAAUAUGUUCUUCAGUAUUAAUUAAGGUAUAUAUAUAUAUAAAACUAUCGAAGAAUCAAGUGCUUUACCUACCUUUGGUGUUUUCAUUCUUUUCUCUUCUUUCCUUCAUAUAUUUAUCUUUUAUCACUUCAGUUACUUUAUCUAAUAUAAAUAAUACUAUGCCAUAUGAAUUUCAUUCGUAUAUAUCUAUAUUGAACUCUUUAUUAAUUUUUGAUGGAAUUUUAUUCUCUGAGUUGGAUAGUUUGGUCAUAGAGUUUUCAGUGUUCUUCUGAACGACAUCAUCAGCACAAACUUCAGAUAGAAGUCUGAUAAUGUCGUUCAAAAGAACAAUGAAAGCUCCACGACCAAACUGUCCAACUUAAUGAACAAAACUCCGUCAAAAUCAUCCACCUGAGCUACAAAUCUUAUCUACCAACUCUUUAUUAGUGUAUAUUGUGCUUAUAUAUAUAUAUCAUCUAUUUGACAAAUAUGGAUUGUUUCGUAAAAUGUUUUCACUUAUUUUCAUCAGUCGACUUUGUGUGUAUGUAUGUGUGUUUCAGUGUGUAGAUGAGACUGAUUUCGCAAUACAGUUUGAUUUGAAGUUGUUGUUGUUGUUGUUAAUCGUUGAAAAAUUCCCAUAAUAUUAAAACACAAUUAUAUAAACUUCUUCAACCUUAUCUAUAGAGUAUAUGAUUCUAUGAUGCAGUAUCUUGAUAUAAAGUUCUUUUCUUUUUUGUUAUUGCAAAGGAACAAAACUAUGAAAGUUUGUAUAUUGAUUAGUUCAAAUAGUUUCUUUUUUUGUUUGUUUGUUUAUGUUUCUUCUUCUUCUUCGUCUUAGUGACCUGUCUAUUGUCUUUGUAAGUAAUUGUGUUCUUUGUUGUUGUCUUAUUCUAUUAUUUUACUUGUAUAUUUAAAGAGAAUUACUUUUGUAAGUAUUGUAUAUUAAUAUAAAAUAAAGUGUUUCUUGAAUCUUAUGUCAUAUAUUUAACCGGUAAUAUAUAUUUUACAAUGUUGUUAUUGUUUCCAUGGCUACAAUUCGAUGAAAGUAAAAAAAAAAUUAAUUCUGUGAAAUAUUCUUGCAUCUAUUUAUAUUUUAUCUAACUAUAAACAGCUUUCUUUUCCUUUAUACAAUUGGCUUUUUUGUUUAUUUUUAUCUUUUGUUCUUGUUUUACUAAUUUCUUAAAGAUAAAACUAAUUUUUUGAGGGGGGGGGUUAAAUCAUUUUUGGAAAUUAUUGUUGAUAUUAACUUGACUUAUUUUGUUUUUUCUUGAUAUAUAUAUAUAUGGUUUGUAUAUUGAAUGGUUGUUUACUUUGCAAUUUAGGCGCCAAUUCAUACGACAAUAAUAUGCAUAAGCUUUUUGUUUUUAUUGUAAUAAAUUGCAUGAAAUUCUAAUGAAUAA